CCGGCGACGACGGCCGGUCGCCGCCGCAGGUGUGCAGGCCGAUGUAGGUGAUCUCCAGCCGGGACGGGUCGUCGUCGGAUUGCUGCACCUGCUUCCUCGCCGUGCAGCCCAACAUCUGGGCGCAUCUGUAGUAGCUCCUUGUUUUUUACAUGGACUUCUACGACGACGAUGAUCUCAUUACCGAUUGGUGGGAUCAGGAGGAGUUGUCUGACGAUGAUGACUACUACAUUGCAGCUGCUCUUCUUACAGACAUAGAGCAUAAGAGGACCAAAAGAAAGCAUCGUGGUUCAGUCCCAGGUCGUGAGAUAAUUAAUAGGGACAGGUUUGCUGGCAAUUUACGCAUAGUGGCUGAUUAUUUUGCAGAUCCUCCUGUAUAUAGUGCAAAAUUAUUUAGGAGGAGGUUCAGAAUGUCAAGGGAGCUCUUCUUGCGCAUCGUGGCUAGUGUGGAGGCUCAUGAUGACUACUUCAGGCAGAGACCAAAUGCAGUGGGUCUUCUCGGUGCCACUGCAUUGCAGAAGGUGUAUGGUGCAAUUCGCAUGCUUGCAUAUGAUAUUCCAGCCGAUAGUCUUGAUGAAGUCGUGAGGAUUUCAGAGAGCACCAUGAUAGAAGCUUUCAAGCACUUUGUCAAGGCUGUGGUGGAUGUGUUUGCUGAUCAAUACUUGAGAGCACCAACUGCUGAGGACACUACAAGGUUGAUGGCUAUAAACACUCCAAGGGGGUUCCCAGGGAUGCUAGGUUGUAUUGACUGUAUGCAUUGGAGGUGGAAGAAUUGACCAACAGGCUGGAAAGGACAAUACUCAGGGCAUGUGGAUGGGCCAACCAUGAUUCUUGAAGCUGUUGCAUCUAAAGAUUUGUGGAUUUGGCAUUCCUUCUUUGGACUACCAGGUUCUCUUAAUGAUAUCAUUGUACUACAGAGAUCACCACUCUUUCAAAGGCUUACAUUAGGGACAGCUCCAGAGUUGGAGUUUAUGGUGAAUGGAAAUAAAUACACCAUGGGUUACUAUCUUGCUGUUGGCAUAUACCCUUCUUGGGCCACUUUUGUGAAGACCAUUUCUAAUCCACAAGGUAACAAGAGAAUACAUUAUGCAAAAGUUCAAGAAGGAGUGAGAAAGGAUGUUGAAAGAGCAUUUGGUGUUCUACAAGCCCGCUUUGCAAUGGUGAGGGGUCCUGCUAGAUUUUGAGAUACAGAGACCCUAUGGUACAUAAUGACAGCUUGUGUAAUCAUGCACAACAUGAUCAUUGACAAUGAGCGAGAUGAAGAUGUAGAUUUUGACUAUGAUCAGGAGGACAGUGAGGUGUUGAGGAAGGAGGAAUACCAACGACGUAAUAAACCUGUGUUAGAAAAAUUUCUAAAGAUACAUAAAGAAAUUGAAGACCGACGGGUACAUAAGCAACUUCGAGAUGAUCUUGUGGAACAUUUGUGGGCGCUUCAUGGUGCUCGGUAGUUUGUUUCAUUGCAUUUUCUAUCAUGUGUGGGUUAUGUUCAUUAUUUACUUCUAGGAUAUAUCAUUUCCAUGUUUGAAAAUUUUGAAUUCAAUUUUGAAUCGUGGUGUUUGAAAUUGCAAAUUUGAAUAUGGUUGAACUCCAUGCGCUAGAAUUAUUUAUGUUUAAAUUACUAUGUGUUAAACUAGAUAUAAAUAUAAAUUCUAUAAUAAAAUAAAAGAGAAAAAAAAUAGGGGCUAAGAUAUGGAGGCUACUACUAGACAUAAAGACAUAUUUAGGGUCUAGAACAUUGAGGGCAGCCCCCAUUUAACUUUUAGGGACUCGAAAGUAGGGGCUACUGCUAGAGAUGCUCUAACCCUCUCCAAAUCCAAAUACACAACCAUUUCCUUUUCCGGAGAAAAUCUAGAG